AUCUUCUUCAUAGAAACAAACAGAGAAGAAAUAGAGACAUUCAUCAAUAACGAUUUGGGUUGGUUACUAUACUCUCACUCAUGUUGAUAACGCUAUUUCUUCAUUCAACAGUUUUUCCAUCGAAUUUGAAUCUCGAUUCUGAUUAACACUACCUAACCAGAAGCAAUGUUGAAGAAAGCUUUCGGAACCCCUCGCUUUUUCGGGUUCCGCCGCAACCACAACAAUUCUCUCACAACCUCUUCCGUUAGUUCCGACCAACGAGGUAUUCGUUUCUGCAUCUGGGUAGCUCUCAAAUUUGAGAAUCUUAGCUACGAACCUUAUUGCUUGGUUAACCGUAUCCUUUUCCAUAGAAAUUGGUAUUCCAUUUACUGGGAAGCUCUUGAGCUUCUCAAGAAAAAUGGUGUUUUAGUAACUUCAGAUUCCGUUAGAGCUUUGGUUAGAUCUUAUUCUCAUAUGGGUUAUACCGAAAAAGCUAUAGAAUCAUUCAGUAGAAUGCGUGAAUUUGGUAUUGAACCUGAUGCUCAUAUGUAUAACACAAUUUUGAGAGAUGUGUUGAAUGAAAAGUUACUUGAGCUUGCUCUUGCAUUGUAUACUACCAUGCUUAAAUCCAAUGUUGAGCCUAAUUUUUAUACUUAUAAUAUGUUGAUUGAUGGCUUUUGUAAAAGGGGUGAAGUUAAGGGUGCACAGGAGAUGCUCGAUGAAAUGAAGAGAGUUGGUAUUGUUCCUUGUGUCCUAUCGACGACUUCGAUUCUUUAUGGGUGUUGUCAGGCGAAUAAUGUGGAUGAGGCGCAUAAGUUGUUUAAUGAUAUGAAAGAAACAAGCUACCCGCCGGAUAUGAUUUCUUGUAAUGUUGUUCUUAAUGGGUUUUGCAAGAUGGGGAGGCUAGAGGAAGCACUUUCUUUUGUAUGGAUGAUAAAGAACGAUGGUUUCUCCCUUAAUCGAAAUAGCUAUUCUUCUCUUAUUAAUGCAUUUUUUAAGGCAAGGAGAUAUAGGGAAGCACAUGCGUGGUAUACAAAGAUGUUUAAGCAGGGGAUUGUGCCUGAUGUUGUUUUGUACGCUAUUAUGAUACGUGGUUUGUCGAAGGAGGGCAGGGUUGGUGAAGCUGCUAAGAUGUUAGAGGAGAUGACUCAGAUAGGUUUAACUCCUGAUGCUUAUUGCUACAAUGCUGUAAUUCAAGGUUUAUGUGAUGUAGGUCUUUUGAAUCGAGCACAGUCUCUUCGUCUUGAAAUUUCCGAGCACAAUGUUUGCACGCACACAAUUCUCAUAUGUGAAAUGUGUAAGCGAGGAAUGGUUGCUGAGGCACAAGAAUUAUUUAAUCAAAUGGAGAAGCUUGGAUGUGAACCUUCGGUUGUGACCUUCAAUACGCUUAUAAAUGGACUGUGCAAAGCUAAUAAUCUUGAGAAAGCAAAAAAUUUAUUUUGCAAGUUGGAGGUCGGGAGAAGACAUUCGUUACACCUCAGUCUUUCUCAGGGUUCUGGUCAGGUUUCUGAUAGUGCCAGGCUCCUGAAAAAGGCGAAGGAAAUGUGUGAGGCGGGACAAAUUUUGAGGGCUUACAAGUUAAUCACUGAUCUUGCUGGCGAGGUUAAGCCUGACAUCAUUACAUACAACAUUCUACUCAAUGCCCUUUGCAUGGAUCGUGAAGUUAACGCUGCUUAUAAUUUUUUUGAGUUCCUGCAAAAGAAGGGUUAUCCCUCACCCGAUAAUGUUACGUAUGGGACAAUUAUCAAAGGGCUGUUCAUGGUUGACAGAGAAGAUGAGGCAUUUAAGGUUUUUCAACGUAUGCAGAAGACUGGCUCUGAACCUACCCUUUCAGUUUAUAGAACACUUAUGACUUGUUUGUGUAGAAAGAGCAAGGUCUCACGUGCAUUCACUCUUUAUUUCGAACAUUUGAAGAGCCUUCCUAGUCGGGACAACGACUCAAUCAGUGCUCUAGAAAAAUAUUUAUUCGGAGAAAAAUUGGAACAAGUGAUUCGAGGUUUACUUGAACUGGACUUCAAGGCCAGAGAUUUUAAAUUAGCUCCAUAUACAAUUCUACUUAUUGGGUUCUGUCAAGCAGGAAAAGUAUCUGAAGCAUUAAUUAUAUUAUCUGUUCUUGAUGAGUUCAAUAUCAAAAUCAACGCUACAAGUUGUGUACAUUUGAUCAGAGGCCUUUGUAAGGAACAAAGGCUACAUGACGCAGUAAAAAUAUUUCUUUACAGUCUUGAGAAGGGUUUCAUGUUGAAGCCAAUGAUUUGUAAUCACCUCCUCACGUGUCUUCUUUAUUCCCGAGAUUAUAAGGAGUGUGUUGUUGAUCUUAUUGGUAGGAUGGAAUCUUUUGGAUACCGUUUAAAUUCAGAAGAAUUUGCAACGACAUUGGCACUUUUACAACACCACCAAAAAGGAAAGAAAAGAAAAAUAACCAUCAGAAAAGAUUAAAUUACACUGAUUGAUUUAGAUGAAUGAGUUUCUUUAUGUGGCUCUUCAGUGAAUAUCGCCAGUUACGAAAAUGGUCGUGAAUCAAGAGACCACUACACUUGAACCAAAGGGCUGAUGUCGUCAAGCCAAUUUUUUUGCUCUAUUGUCCCUCAUCCUGUAGACCUUUGAUUUGAGGUGUUUUAGGGGUGUUUCAGUUUGUUGUAUGCUUCAGUAUAUUUCUUUGUAUACACCUCAGAGACUCAAGCAAAUAUCGGCAAAGAAGAUUCGAAGACUGCUAUUUCCCAUGUACACAUUAAUUGUGGAGAUAUCUCAUAUAUAAUAUACUUGUAGGUAAGAGUAUCUUCCUUUAAGGUAGUCACUGUUUGAUUCUGAACGCACAAUUGCCCUUGCUAAUUGUAUAUUUGACGGGGUUUCUAUUUGAUGCCACACCCUUUUGUCAUUGAAACAUGCAAGGAUCAAAACUUCGUAAAGUUUAAACAUUAUUGAUGCUUA